AUGAGAAGCAUUGAAGUGGAAAAUCCUCUACCAUCCUCUCAACGUGUUGAGCCUGGCUCAUUCCAAUUACGACUUGCCAACCUCCCUGAAUCCAAAGUUGACAAGUCUAUCGAUGUGACAAAAGUUGCUUCAGAGUUUGUUGAUCGCUUUAAUAAAAAUAUUAGCUCCGCUGAUAUCACAUCGCUUUCUACACUUUUUCUAGAAGAAUCUUAUUGGCGCGAUCAAUUGUGUCUUUCCUGGGACUUUCACACUCUACAUGGGCCCUUUAAAAUCCUCGAACUCUUUAACAAAACAAAUGGCUCACGUUUGAAAUCGAUUGCACUUGAUUCCAGCUCAGAACUUCGAUCUUCAAAAUUUAUGACACUUGAUGUUGAUGGGAAAACAAAUGUUGUACAGGCUUUCAUAACAGUUGAGACGGAUGUUGGAAAAGGAGCUGGUAUUGUGAGAUUAGCUCUUGAUCAGGGAACGUGGAAGGUUUUUACACUGUAUACUUUCUUGGAAAAUCUGGAUGGUUAUGAAGAGACUGUAGGAAGGAAGAGACCUUAUGGGGUGCAGCAUGGAGAGAAGACUGAGAGGGAAAAUUGGCUGGAUAAGAGGAAUAUUGAGAAGGAUUUUGGGAAUGGAACUGAACCGACUGUUUUGAUCCUUGGUGCUGGUCAAGGAGGCUUGACAAUAGCAGCAAGACUAAAGAUGCUUGGUGUUCAAUCUCUCAUGGUUGACAGAGAAGAACGGAUAGGCGAUAAUUGGCGUACACGAUAUCAUCAACUAGUUCUUCAUGAUUCUGUUUGGUAUGAUCAUCUUCCAUAUCUACCUUUUCCUGAAAGCUGGCCAGUUUUCACACCAAAGGAUAAACUGGGUGAUUGGUUUGAAGCAUAUGUUACUUUAUUGGAACUCAAUGCUUGGACUCAAACUACUAUUACGGAUACCUCAUGGAGUGAUGAGAGUAAGCAAUGGACGGUUACUCUAGAGAGAGUGAAUAAUGGUCAGAAGGAGACAAGGAUUGUUCACCCGAAGCAUAUAAUACAAGCAACCGGUGCAAGUGGAGAGCCAAAUUUCCCAUCUCACAUCAAAGGGAUUGACACUUUCAAAGGCAGAAUCGUUCAUUCAUCCAAAUUUCCUGGAGCGACGGAAUCUCGAGGUCAAAACAAAAAAGCAAUUGUGGUUGGCUGUUGUAACUCUGGUCAUGACAUUGCUCAAGAUUUAUACGAACACGGCUACGAAGUAACAAUCGUCCAAAGAUCAACUACAUAUGUUGUUAGCUCGGAAACAAACGUCAAUGCUCAAAAACAUAUUUAUGGUGAAAAUGGACUUCCGACGUUUGAUGCCGACAUGAUAUUCCAAAGUACGCCAAAUCCAGUACUUAAGAAGCUGAACAUAGAGGGUACAAAGCAAGUCAACAAAAUCGACGAGAAAUUACUUAAAGGUCUUGAAGCGGCAGGAUUCAAACUCGAUAAAGGACCAGAUGGAUCAGGUCUUUGGAUUAAAUAUCUUCAACGCGGUGGUGGUUAUUACCUUGACGUCGGAUGUUCACAACUCAUCAUCGAUGGAAAAAUCAAAGUCAAACAAGGCCAGGAAAUUACAAGUAUCCGGGAAAAUGGUAUAGAAUUCGCAGAUGGAUUGAUCCUCGAAGCGGAUGAAAUUGUAUUUGCGACGGGUUAUCUAAAUAUGAGAACACAAUGCAGGAAGAUAUUUGGAGAUGAAGUGGCAGAUAGGGUGAAAGACGUAUGGGGACUCGACGAAGAAGGAGAGCUUAGAACGAUUUGGAGAAAGAGUGGUCAUGAGGGAUUCUGGUUUGUGGGUGGGAAUUUGGCUAUAUGUAGAUGGCAGAGCAAGAGGUUGGCGUUGUUGAUUAAGGGAUUGUUGGAGGGUUUUACGAAGUAUGAUGAUAUUUGA